GGCACCGGGAAAUAAAGGGCAAUGGAGAGGCGGCAGCCAGAGGAGGGAGAGCAGCGAGCAACAACAACCGCCACCUGGAGCGAGAGGGAGCGGGGAGAUGUCAAACAUCUGUAUUUCUAAUGGGAGCCCUACCCUGGAGCGCAUGCAGGCCAGGCAGUCGGAGUACCCGAAGCCGUCAGCGUGCAGGAAUCUUUUCGGGGUGGUGAAUCACCAAGAGUUAAACAGGGAGUUGAAGAAGCACCUGCAGGAGAUGGAGGAGGCAUGCCAGAGGAAGUGGAAUUUCGAUUUCCAGAAUCACAAGCCACUGGAAGGCAGGUACGAAUGGCAAGCCGUGGAGAAGGGAAGGUCACCCGACUUCUACUUCAGACCUCCCUGGCUACAGAAAGCCGUCUGCAAGUCCGCCGCCCGCCAGAGUUUGGAUGUAAACAGGAAUUGCCAAACUGUGAUUUUUGUCGGUUCUCAGGGAAUCUCAGAGGACACUCACUGUGUAGCUCAAAAGACUGAUGUUUCAGAAAAUCAGACGGACUUAGCAGAGCAGUGCACUGGGCAGAGGAAAAGACCCAUGACCAAUGAUUCCUCUCCUCAAAAUAAAAGAGCCAACACAACAGAAGAAGAGGUUUCAGAAGACUCCCCCAGUGCCAGUUCAGUGGAGCAAACGCCCAAGAAAUCAAGCCCGAGAAGACAUCAAAUGUAAAGCGUGUAGGUAG